AUGCUCACAGUUUCCCAGGAUUUAAAUGUUGAGAACCGCAGCGCCCACAUACACGCGCAGGGUCUCCAGCACCCGGCCGGGGCAGGAAUCGCCGCUGCAGCCGCCGCUCGGUCCCGCCGGGCCGGUGGGUACGGGCGGCGCCCGCCACCACCCGCGGCCCCGGGAAGCCGCACCCGGCCCCGCCGCAACAGGCGGCCGGAGCCCGGCGCGGCCCCGCCGCCCCCUGCCCGCUGUUCCCGCGCCCGGGCGGGCCGCGAACGCAGGUCGCCAAGGUCGCCGCCCGUAACCUUCAGGGAGCGGUCACCAGGCCCCCGGCAGGAGGCUCGGGGCGCCGCCCGCCCGUCCCCACACGCCGCGGUGGGGCCGGCAGGCGUACACCGCCGGCCAGGGACGGCGGGGCGGCAGCCGCACCCCGACACCAAUUCCCGGGCGGUGCAGAGCGGCGGGCGCGGAGCCGCCGGAAGCCCCCGCCCGCACCGCACAGCAGCUUCCCCCACACCGGAGAGCUCCCGAGGCGCGGGCGGAGCCGGGUCCUUGGGCUCCCCCCGGCCCCAGCCCUGGCGGCUUCGCCCCGGCGCGGCCCGGCCCGGCCGCGCGCCCCCGUCUCACCUGCGGCGGUGGUGCCGGCGGCGCCCGAGGAGCGCGCGAGGUGUUGUGACAGCUAUUUCUACAAAUGCUUUAAUGGAACAGUUGCAUUUAAAAUACCAACAAAGGCCAUGGACUGAAACUCUGAAACUUGUUUAUUUUUGCAUGGAUAACCCACAUCGAAAGCCUGUCAGUAAUGCUCCAGAUGGUCUAUUGCUUUCAUGCAUGGAGAAGAUAGAGAGGACAUUAAAUGCUAAAUCCAUGUUUUCUGUGAUGAACAUAUUGGAACUUGUAGCCAGACAAAAAGGACUUACUGUUCAUGUUAGCCCCAGUGGGACUGCCUGCUACAUAACAUCAAUGAUGUUUUAUCUAGAAAUUCAGCUGGAGAAGGAUGGAGAUGUGAUGGAUGUAAAGUUGGCUCACUUUGAAGAAGCUCCUGUGGUUUGUGAUGAUUUGGUCCAGCUUCUCAGGAUGAAGAACUAUGAUGCCUUUGGCAAGAUUCUAGAAGACCUGUCAAAUAUGUAUCAAAUUCCAGGAAACAGCGAAAUGAAAGCUAAGGGAUAUCUUGCUUUGCAGGCCCUUGAAAAAGACCUUUAUUCAAUGUCUCUUCUUGACAGAACACAGGAUCUAAACAGAGUUACUGAAGUGCUUAAUGGAAAAGUAGGACACCUGGUGCCAAGAACUGGAGGAACCCCAAUGAACAUUGAAUUUUACAUUUCUCCCUACCAAGUUUUGGAAGCAGAACUAAGUCAUGGUUCCGAGGUAUGUGGAACAAAAACCGUUGUAACUGUUGAAGGCACAGAUAUGCUCCACAAAUUGCCUCUUUCUCCAUUAAUUAUAGAACCUCAAACUGGAGAGGACAGCAACCCUUCUUUUUUGCAACUGACUGAUGAACUCAGCAUGGAUUUGCCUGCUCAUUUUGUUCUGAAGUUUCAUCAACCUGUUCCAAUGUCUUCAUCCAGUAUUGAAGAGAUACAGAAGCUCACAGGAAUUCAGAUUUCUGGCUUGAAACUAGCUCCACUGUAUGAGCUAAUUGUUCAGUCUACACUUAAAGAAAAAUGCAGUGAAGACUUGUCUACAAAUAAAUGUUGUUUCUUUGUGUCUCUUCCAGAUUGCUCAAAGCAUUGUUACUUCAUAAACAAGGGCUCAGAAAAACCAGGUUUAGCAGGAGCCUUGGUCAGUAAAAUCCCAUUUAGCCAUCCCAAGUGUGUGCCUGGUGUAAUAGAGAUUCUUCGACAUCAAGUGGCAUAUAACACUCUUAUUAGCAGCUGUGUCUCCGAGAAGCAUAUAAAUGAAGAUGAUUCAGAAUUGCUUUACUUUGAAGUGGUACCAUACAAGAACACCAGCUUUUCUGUCUUUUUCCUUCAUCCUGUGAAAAAGAAUUUAGCCUGUGUGGUAAUUGAUGUUAUAACCUCUAGAGAAGUCCAGUGUCACCUUCAUUUAAAUCCUCAAGAUCCAACUUUAAAUUCUACUGAUGACUUCAUAGCAAGAGCUGUGAAACGUUGCAUGUCAGUCCCAGUUGUCAUGAGAGCUGUUUUCAGGAAUGCUGCCAAGGUGAAAGCUGACAGUGAAACUCAUGACAUGGACACAGAAGAACAACCUGGGCAACAAUCGGAGCAAAGUACAGAUUCUAACAGUCUCAAAGAAAGCCUUUCUGGGGCUGGUCAGCAAGACUGGGUAGUGACAGAUAAGCUAAAUAAUACAGACAGUACAGAAGAAAAUAUCUUUACAGCCAAACUGGAAACUCUGGGUAAUAACAUGGGGAAAAAGUAACCCCUCCCUAUGCACUGAAACUUUGUGGAGGGAAGUAAUUCCACAGCUAGUAGAGAAGCUGAUGUAAUAGACAAAAAACCUGAUGGUUUUGUAAAUAAAAAUAAAGCCUACUUAGUAA